UGAGUGAGCCCAGGGAUUGAACCUGCAUCCUCAUGGAUACUAGUCAGAUUCGUUUCCCCUGAGCCACGACCGGAACUCCAACCUCUGGCCUUCUUACUUGGAGACACACUCCCUUGGCAGCUGGGAGCCAAGGAAGAAGGUGAAAGGCUGUCACUCAGUAAGAGGCCACUCGAAGGCCCCCUCCUCAUCAUGUGCUCGUGGCAGGUCAGCACUGCACUGGGGGCCCUGUCCUACUAUGAAGGGCUUCGUCUCUCUGUGAGAGAUGUCACAAUUCCCUAGGGAACAAUCCAGAGCCCCAGAAACUCUUCAGUAGGAGACAGAUGCUCAUGUAUCUUCCUCAGCCCAGCCACCUGCUAAAUAUUUGACCAUAGCGAGUUAUUUAACCUCUUGGAAUCGGGGUUUUCCAUUCUGUAGACUAGGGAAAGUGAGUCCCAUCCUAUAGACCUUGCUGGGCUGUUAAGAGACCCAAGGGAGAUGAUGGAGUUGCAAGUAUUUUGUGAGCUAAAAAGUACUGGCACACCUGAGUGAUGGAGCGUGUUAUUCAUGAAGGAAGGGGGAGGCUAAGGGUCAGUGCACUUCUCUCCCGGAGAGAGGAGGAACGCUUUGCAUUCUUGUGUUAGCUGCACGCUGGAGUCUUGUCCAUUUAAGGUAAUAAUAAAAUAAUACUACCAGAGCCUGCGAGGUAGCUUUUGGGCAGUGUGUCUGCUCACUCCCAAUACUGCCCUUUAAGAAGGAAGCAUGAUGUGGUGGGGGUGCUGGGGCCCAGGCAGGCUGGUGCAGAUUAUGGCUCUUCUCGCUUUCUCUCUCUCCUUCCCAGCUUCUGCCCAAGGACGUGCCCCCUCCUCAGUCUAAAUUCUGUCAGAAUCUGCAGUCUUUGUCAUUUUGGAAGCCUAAGUCCCCAGGAAGAGCUGACCCUGAGGAGGCCUGUUCCUGCCAGCUGCCCCAUGGAGUCCAGGAAGCCUGGGAUGCCCAGAUUUCUGUUAGGACAGUGAAAAGGCAUUGAGGGCAUGGCCUGGGCUAAAACAAGAGCAGUAAUGAAUGUGCAUGUGGCGGCUAGGUAAUUUUUAUGCUUGGAGUCCAAAAUUGUUUCAGACCUGGGUUUCACUUCUAUGAGCAAGACUUCCAGUCACCUGGGGACACAGCCUCCACAUAUGGGUGGCCAGUGCCCUGUAAAAUGGGCUCCCUGUCAUCCUUCUAUGGGCCUUACUCAGUGCCAGGGACUGAGGCCCUUGUAGUCCACUCCUCUUCCUGACUUCAAAAUGAAACCAUGUGGUGUGCACAGACCCACUUGCCUGUCCACUCAUUCAGUCAGUAAAUAUUCAAGUGCUUGCAAAGUUCAAGGUACUUCAGGGGAUGCAACAAUGAUCACAGAGCAGCUCCCGUCUUCAUGGAGUCCAUGGUCAGUAAGGGAGCAGAGUCCUGUACAGGAGAGAGGAAAGUGCAAUGCAGAGGGUGGGGGAACCAAGGACGGCUGUCUGGUUCUGUAGCUUUUGAGCUACAUGUUGGAAAAACCAGGAGGACUUGGCCAUGAUGAAGUGGGUGAGUAGUAGGGUAGACAUGCUAUAGGCAGGAAGAGCAGGAGCAAAGGUACAGGGUUAGGAAAGCAUGCACCGUUAGGGUGCAUGGAGCUGAGAAUCUGGUGGCAGGAAGAGGGGCUGGAGGGGAAGGGGAGCGAGCACUUGAGCACGUGUUAAAGUGCUGGACCACAAAUGGAAGGUUCUUCCUUUCCCUGGGGCCUCACAGGAGCUCAAAGAGGCAAAGGUUGUUCUCUCCCUUUGCAAAGGAGGACGUUGGGGCUUAGCAAGUUGAAAUGAGUUGAUCAAGGCUGGACUGUUAAGUGGUAGUAGGAUUUGGGUCCUUGACCGUGGGACUCAAGAACCCAUACGGUCUCCACUGUAACAGAGGAUCCACGAAAAGAGAUGGGAUCUGUGGCCUUUUUCUGGCCAUGUGAGUCCAGCGGCCUUGGGAAGGGGGUGCCUAUGGUCCUUGUGGAAUAAGGCAAUGAGGCUCUAACUCUUCUGGGCUGGCUGAACUCCUGGCUUCUCACCCCUGCCCUGUUAGGGGGGCUGGGAGACCAGUGAAGCCAGGAUAGCGGGAGAUCCUGGAAUGACAUUCAAGAUGUGGCCUCAACUGUGGGUUUUCACCCCCAGGACCACCUGUCCCCUGCCUUCUUUGUGAAAGUGCUCCCUGGUUGCCCUCCCCUGCUUCUCUGACCUCCCCUUGGGCCCAUGCAGGCUCGGUCUGCACAAGGCGGCAGUGUUCUGCACUUGUUCCUUUGUUGCCGUGAAACGGGCUCCCGGCACCGUCAGCCUCUGUGUGGGAGGACUGGUGGCUGUCUUCACAGGCAGGCAUUUGCUUAGAGCAGGCUGCGUGCGAGCCCAGCGUCAAGUAAUUCCGGCCUCCUCGAGUCGGCGGUGGUGGGACAAGGCUCUGCUGAGGGGACUGGCUGUGAAGGAUGAGUUCAGGGUGGGAUGACGGACCGCUUCUGGGACCAGUGGUAUCUUUGGUAUCUCCGCUUGCUUCGGCUGCUGGAUCGAGGGUCUUUUCGGAAUGAUGGUUUGAAAGCUUCUGAUGUCCUUCCCAUCCUAAAGGAAAAAGUGGCCUUCGUGUCUGGGGGCCGCGAUAAGCGAGGUGGACCCAUCCUGACCUUCCCUGCUCGCAGCAAUCAUGACAGAAUAAGACAGGAAGACCUGCGGAAACUCGUGACCUAUCUGGCCAGCGUGCCAAGCGAGGACGUGUGCAAACGUGGCUUCACCGUCAUCAUCGACAUGCGGGGCUCCAAGUGGGACCUCAUUAAGCCCCUCCUCAAGACGCUGCAGGAAGCCUUCCCAGCCGAGAUCCAUGUGGCCCUCAUCAUCAAGCCCGACAACUUCUGGCAGAAACAGAAGACCAACUUUGGCAGCUCCAAGUUCAUCUUUGAGACAAGCAUGGUGUCCGUGGAGGGCCUCACAAAGCUGGUGGACCCCUCCCAGCUGACAGAGGAGUUUGACGGCUCCCUGGACUACAACCACGAGGAGUGGAUCGAACUGCGGCUCUCCCUGGAGGAGUUCUUCAACAGUGCUGUGCACCUGCUCUCGCGCCUCGAGGACCUGCAGGAGAUGCUGGCCCGGAAGGAGUUCCCAGUGGACGUGGAGGGCUCGCGGCGGCUCAUUGAUGAGCACACACAGCUCAAGAAGAAGGUGCUCAAGGCCCCUGUGGAAGAGCUGGACCGGGAGGGGCAGCGGCUACUGCAGUGCAUCCGCUGCAGCGAUGGCUUCUCAGGGCGCAACUGCAUCCCGGGCAGCGCUGACUUCCAGAGCUUGGUGCCCAAGAUCACCAGCCUCCUGGACAAGCUGCACUCCACCAGGCAGCACCUGCACCAGAUGUGGCACGUGCGCAAACUCAAGCUGGACCAGUGUUUCCAGCUGCGGCUCUUUGAGCAGGAUGCCGAGAAGAUGUUCGACUGGAUAAGCCACAACAAGGAAUUAUUCCUUCAGAGCCAUACGGAGAUUGGAGUCAGCUACCAGCAUGCCCUAGACCUCCAGACGCAGCACAAUCACUUUGCCAUGAACUCCAUGAAUGCCUAUGUCAACAUCAACCGCAUCAUGUCUGUGGCUUCCCGCCUCUCAGAGGCUGGCCAUUAUGCCUCGCAGCAAAUCAAGCAGAUCUCCACGCAGCUAGACCAGGAGUGGAAGAGCUUUGCGGCCGCCCUGGAUGAACGCAGCACCAUCCUCGCCAUGUCUGCGGUGUUCCAUCAGAAGGCUGAGCAGUUCCUGUCAGGAGUGGACGCCUGGUGCAAGAUGUGCAGUGAAGGUGGCCUGCCAUCCGAGAUGCAGGACCUGGAGCUGGCGAUCCACCACCACCAGUCCUUGUAUGAGCAGGUGACCCAGGCCUACACAGAGGUCAGCCAGGAUGGCAAAGCCCUGCUGGAUGUGCUGCAGCGUCCCCUGAGUCCUGGGAACUCCGAGUCCCUCACGGCCACAGCCAACUACUCCAAGGCAGUGCACCAGGUGCUGGACGUGGUGCACGAGGUGCUGCACCACCAGCGGCGGCUUGAGAGCAUCUGGCAGCACCGCAAGGUGCGGCUCCACCAGCGGCUGCAGCUCUGCGUCUUCCAGCAGGAUGUCCAGCAGGUAUUAGACUGGAUUGAAAACCACGGCGAGGCCUUUCUCAGCAAACACACAGGGGUCGGGAAGUCUCUACAUCGAGCCCGGGCCCUACAGAAGAGGCACGAUGACUUUGAAGAGGUGGCUCAGAAUACGUACACCAAUGCGGACAAGCUCCUAGAAGCAGCGGAGCAGCUGGCUCAGACGGGGGAAUGUGACCCGGAGGAGAUCUACAAGGCAGCUCGACACCUGGAGGUGCGCAUCCAAGACUUUGUGCGCAGGGUGGAGCAGCGGAAGCUUCUGCUAGACAUGUCUGUCUCCUUCCACACGCACACCAAAGAGCUGUGGACAUGGAUGGAAGACCUUCAGAAGGAGAUGCUGGAGGAUGUCUGUGCAGACUCUGUGGAUGCAGUCCAGGAACUGAUCAAACAGUUCCAACAGCAGCAGACGGCCACUCUGGAUGCCACUCUCAAUGUCAUCAAGGAGGGCGAAGACCUUAUCCAGCAGCUCAGGUCAGCGCCUCCCUCCCUGGGGGAGCCCAGCGAGGCCAGGGACUCAGCCGUAUCCAACAACAAGACGCCCCACAGUAGCUCCAUCAGCCACAUUGAGUCGGUGCUGCAGCAGCUGGACGAUGCCCAGGUGCAGAUGGAGGAGCUGUUCCACGAGCGAAAGAUCAAGCUGGACAUCUUCCUGCAGCUGCGCAUCUUCGAGCAGUACACCAUUGAGGUAACCGUGAAGUUGGCUCCUUGGAAGGAAGACCUACUCACAGAGUUGAAUAAUGCUUCAACACAGGAUUUGACAUGGGAGCAGGCUGCAGCGCCACAGAGGAGUGGCAUGAACAACAUGACCUUCGAGUCUCCAGCAGGGCCAGAUCUGCAUCAGUACAUCAUGGAGGUCCAGGCCUCAGGAAUUGAGUUGAUCUGUGAAAAAGACAUUGAUCUGGCAGCCCAGGUGCAAGAGCUAUUGGAGUUUCUCCACGAGAAGCAGCAUGAAUUGGAGCUCAACGCGGAGCAGACCCAUAAGCGGCUGGAGCAGUGCCUCCAACUGCGGCACCUCCAGGCCGAGGUCAAACAGGUCCUGGGAUGGAUCCGCAACGGGGAGUCCAUGCUCAGUGCCAGCCUGGUCAAUGCCAGCUCUUUGUCCGAAGCAGAGCAGCUGCAGCGGGAGCACGAGCAGUUCCAACUGGCCAUCGAGUCCCUCUUUCAUGCCACUUCCUUGCAGAAGACGCACCAGAGUGCCCUGCAGGUACAGCAGAAAGCUGAGGCACUGCUGCAGGCCGGCCACUACGACGCAGAUGCCAUCCGGGAAUGUGCCGAGAAGGUGGCCCUCCACUGGCAGCAGCUCAUGCUGAAGAUGGAAGACCGGCUGAAACUGGUCAAUGCCUCGGUGGCCUUUUACAAAACUUCUGAGCAGGUCUGUAGUGUCCUGGAGAGCUUAGAACAAGAAUACCGGAGAGAUGAGGACUGGUGUGGUGGACGAGAUAAAUUGGGGCCAGCGGCAGAGAUGGACCAUGUCAUUCCACUCAUCAGUAAACAUCUGGAACAAAAGGAGGCCUUUCUUAAGGCUUGCACCCUGGCGCGGCGGAACGCUGAGGUCUUUCUCAAGUACAUCCACAGGAACAACGUCAGCAUGCCCAGUGCCGCCAGCCACACCCGAGGACCUGAGCAGCAAGUGAAAGCCAUCCUGAGUGAGCUGUUACAGAGGGAGAACCGUGUCCUGCACUUCUGGACCUUGAAGAAGCGGCGGUUAGACCAGUGCCAGCAAUACGUGGUAUUCGAGCGAAGCGCUAAGCAGGCGCUAGACUGGAUCCAGGAAACAGGUGAAUAUUACCUCUCAACACAUACCUCCACCGGGGAGACCACAGAGGAGACUCAGGAACUGCUGAAAGAAUAUGGGGAGUUCAGGGUGCCUGCCAAGCAAACAAAGGAGAAGGUGAAGCUUCUGAUUCAGCUGGCUGAUAGCUUUGUGGAAAAAGGCCACAUCCAUGCCACAGAGAUCAGGAAAUGGGUGACCACGGUGGACAAGCAUUACAGAGACUUCUCCUUGAGGAUGGGAAAGUACCGGUACUCCCUGGAGAAAGCCCUAGGAGUCAACACAGAGGAUAACAAGGACCUAGAGCUGGACAUCAUCCCAGCAAGCCUUUCAGAUCGUGAGGUCAAGCUCCGGGAUGCCAACCAUGAGGUCAAUGAAGAGAAGCGGAAAUCAGCCCGGAAGAAAGAAUUCAUUAUGGCAGAGCUGCUCCAGACAGAGAAGGCAUAUGUGAGGGACUUACACGAGUGCUUAGAGACCUACCUGUGGGAGAUGACCAGUGGUGUGGAGGAGAUCCCCCCCGGGAUCCUUAAUAAAGAGCAUAUCAUCUUUGGCAACAUCCAGGAGAUCUACGAUUUCCAUAACAACAUCUUCCUCAAAGAACUGGAGAAGUACGAGCAGCUGCCUGAGGAUGUGGGACACUGCUUUGUUACCUGGGCAGACAAAUUUCAAAUGUACGUCACCUACUGUAAAAACAAGCCUGAUUCCAACCAGCUGAUCCUGGAGCACGCAGGCACCUUCUUUGAUGAGAUACAGCAGCGGCAUGGUCUGGCCAACUCCAUCUCUUCCUACCUGAUUAAGCCUGUCCAGAGGAUCACCAAGUACCAGCUGCUUCUAAAGGAACUUUUAACUUGCUGUGAAGAAGGGAAAGGGGAACUCAAGGAUGGCCUGGAGGUGAUGCUCAGUGUCCCAAAGAAAGCCAAUGACGCCAUGCACGUCAGCAUGCUGGAAGGGUUCGACGAGAACCUGGAUGUGCAGGGGGAGCUGAUUCUGCAGGACGCCUUUCAAGUGUGGGACCCGAAGUCGCUGAUCCGGAAGGGGCGGGAGCGACACCUGUUCCUCUUUGAGAUUUCCUUGGUUUUUAGCAAGGAGAUCAAAGACUCUUCAGGACACACGAAAUAUGUUUACAAGAACAAGCUACUGACCUCAGAGCUGGGUGUGACCGAGCACGUCGAGGGCGAUCCCUGCAAAUUUGCCUUGUGGUCUGGGCGCACCCCAUCCUCAGACAAUAAAACAGUGCUGAAGGCCUCCAACAUAGAAACCAAGCAGGAAUGGAUCAAGAACAUACGCGAGGUGAUUCAGGAAAGGAUCAUUCACCUGAAAGGAGCUUUAAAGGAGCCAAUUCAGCUCCCCAAAACACCAGCCAAACUGAGGAACAAUAGUAAGAGGGAUGGAGUGGAGGAUGUUGACAGCCAGGGGGAUGGAAGCAGCCAGCCAGACACCAUCUCCAUUGCUUCUAGAACCUCUCAGAACACAGUGGACAGUGACAAGCUCUCUGGCGGCUGCGAAUUGACUGUGGUCCUCCAGGACUUCAACGCGGGCCACAGUAGCGAGCUGAGCAUCCAAGUGGGACAGACCGUGGAGCUGCUGGAGCGGCCGAGCGAGAGACCGGGCUGGUGUCUGGUCCGCACCACGGAGCGGAGCCCCCCCCAGGAGGGCCUGGUCCCCAGCAGCGCCCUGUGCAUCUCCCACUCCCGAAGCAGCGUGGAGAUGGACUGCUUCUUCCCCUUGGUGAAAGAUGCCUACUCUCAUUCCUCGAGUGAAAAUGGAGGCAAGUCCGAGUCGGUGGCCAACCUGCAGGCCCAGCCCUCCCUGAACUCCAUCCACAGUUCACCUGGGCCCAAGCGCUCCACCAACACCCUGAAGAAGUGGCUGACCAGUCCUGUGCGCCGGCUCAACAGCGGGAAAGCAGAUGGAAACAUCAAGAAGCAGAAGAAAGUGCGAGAUGGUAGGAAGAGCUUCGACCUGGGAUCUCCCAAGCCUGGGGAUGAGACGACCCCUCAGGGAGACAGCGCUGAUGAGAAGAGCAAGAAAGGUUGGGGGGAAGAUGAGCCAGAUGAAGAGUCACACACCCCGCUCCCUCCGCCCAUGAAGAUCUUCGACAAUGACCCCACGCAGGACGAGAUGUCCUCCUCUUUGCUAGCAGCCCGGCAGGCUUCCACCGAAGUACCUACUGCUGCAGACCUUGUCAGUGCAAUAGAACAGUUGGUCAAAAGCAAGCUGAGUCUGGAAGGGGGCUCAUACCGGGGGAGUUUGAAAGACCCCACAGGCUGCCUGAAUGAGGGCAUGACCCCGCCCACACCUCCUAGAAACCUGGAAGAAGAACAGAAAGCCAAGGCCCUGAGAGGCAGGAUGUUUGUCCUGAAUGAGCUGGUACAGACUGAGAAAGACUAUGUCAAGGACUUGGGGAUUGUGGUGGAGGGCUUCAUGAAGAGAAUAGAAGAAAAGGGUGUCCCCGAGGACAUGCGAGGAAAGGAUAAGAUCGUGUUUGGAAAUAUUCACCAGAUUUAUGAUUGGCACAAGGAUGUUUUCCUGGGUGAACUGGAAAAGUGCAUCCAGGAGCAAGACAGAUUGGCACAGCUCUUCAUUAAACAUGAGCGGAAGCUGCACAUCUACGUGUGGUACUGCCAGAACAAGCCGCGCUCCGAGUACAUCGUGGCUGAGUAUGACGCCUACUUUGAAGAGGUGAAACAGGAGAUAAAUCAAAGGUUGACGCUCAGCGACUUCCUUAUCAAGCCCAUUCAGAGAAUAACAAAAUAUCAGCUGCUCCUUAAGGACUUCCUGAGAUACAGCGAGAAGGCUGGUUUGGAGUGUUCAGAUAUCGAGAAAGCAGUGGAGUUAAUGUGCCUUGUUCCAAAACGCUGCAAUGACAUGAUGAAUCUGGGACGCCUGCAGGGAUUUGAGGGCACCCUGACUGCUCAGGGCAAGCUGCUGCAGCAGGAUACGUUCUACGUGAUUGAGCUGGAUGCCGGCAUGCAGUCCCGGACCAAGGAGAGGCGUGUGUUCCUCUUUGAGCAAAUUGUCAUCUUCAGUGAACUUCUCAGGAAGGGAUCCCUCACCCCAGGCUACAUGUUCAAGAAGAGCAUCAAGAUGAAUUACUUGGUCCUGGAGGAGAACGUGGAAAAUGACCCCUGCAAGUUUGCGCUCAUGAACAGGGAGACUUCGGAGAGGGUCAUCCUGCAAGCCGCCAACGCUGACAUCCGGCAGGCCUGGGUGCAGGACAUCAGUCAAGUCUUAGAAACACAGCGAGACUUCUUAAACGCCCUACAGUCGCCCAUCGAGUAUCAGAGGAAAGAAAGGAGCACAGCCGUGAUGAGGUCCCAGCCUGCCAGGGUUCCCCAGGCCAGCCCCAGGCCCUACUCCUCCAUCCCCGUAGGCUCUGAGAAGCCCCCAAAGGGCUCCAGCUAUAACCCGUCUCUGCCACCCCUGAAGAUAUCUACCUCCAAUGGCAGUCCGGGCUUUGACUACCACCAGGCUGGGGACAAGUUUGAACCCAGCAAGAGCGACCUGGGAGGCUGCAAUGGGGCCUCAUCCAUGGCCGUGAUCAAAGAUUACUAUGCACUGAAGGAGAAUGAAAUCUGUGUGAGCCAAGGUGAGGUGGUCCAGGUCCUUGCCGUCAACCAGCAGAAUAUGUGCCUGGUGUACCAGCCCGCCAGUGACCACUCCCCCGCCGCCGAGGGCUGGGUCCCAGGCAGCAUCCUGGCGCCCCUCACCAAAGCCACGGCAGCUGCAGAAAAUAGUGACGGGAGCAUCAAGAAGUCAUGUUCAUGGCAUACUCUACGCAUGAGAAAGCGGGCAGAAGUGGAGAACACGGGUAAAAAUGAAGCCACAGGGCCUCGUAAACCCAAGGAUAUUCUGGGCAACAAAGUCUCUGUUAAAGAGACGAACAGUUCCGAGGAGUCAGAGUGUGAUGAUCUUGACCCUAAUACUAGCAUGGAGAUCUUAAAUCCAAAUUUCAUCCAAGAAGUGGCCCCAGAAUUCCUUGUGCCCCUGGUGGAUGUGACCUGCUUGCUUGGGGACACGGUGACACUUCAGUGCAAAGUCUGUGGGCGGCCGAAGCCCACCAUCACCUGGAAGGGUCCAGACCAGAACAUCCUGGACACCGACAACAGCUCAGCCACAUACACCGUCUCCUCCUGUGAUUCCGGGGAAAUCACCCUGAAAAUCUGCAAUCUGAUGCCCCAGGACAGCGGGAUUUAUACCUGCAUAGCAGCAAAUGACCACGGCACCACAUCAACGUCGGCUACGGUUAAAGUGCAAGGUGUUCCAGCGGCCCCCAACCGCCCCAUUGCCCAGGAGAGAAGCUGCACCUCCGUGAUCCUCCGCUGGCUGCCCCCAUCCAGCACGGGAAACUGCACCAUUUCUGGUUACACCGUGGAGUACAGAGAGGAAGGUUCCCAGGCCUGGCAGCAGUCGGUAGCAUCGACCUUGGACACUUACCUUGUCAUCGAAGACCUCAGUCCUGGGAGUCCUUAUCAGUUCAGGGUCAGUGCCAGUAACCCCUGGGGCAUCAGCCUUCCCAGUGAGCCCUCGGAGUUCGUGAGACUUCCAGAAUACGAUGCCGCUGCUGAUGGCGCCACCAUUUCUUGGAAAGAAAAUUUUGAUUCAGCUUAUACUGAACUGAAUGAAAUUGGAAGAGGCCGUUUCUCCAUAGUAAAGAAGUGCAUUCACAAAGCUACUCGUAAAGAUGUGGCUGUGAAAUUCGUCAGCAAAAAAAUGAAGAAAAAAGAGCAGGCUGCCCAUGAGGCUGCCCUGCUUCAGCACCUGCAGCACCCCCAAUACAUCACUCUCCAUGACACCUAUGAGUCCCCCACAUCCUACAUCCUGAUUUUGGAACUGAUGGAUGAUGGCCGGCUCUUAGACUACCUUAUGAAUCAUGACGAGCUGAUGGAAGAAAAAGUAGCUUUCUACAUCCGAGACAUCAUGGAAGCCCUGCAGUACCUUCACAACUGCAGGGUUGCACAUUUGGACAUAAAGCCUGAAAACCUGCUCAUUGACCUACGGAUCCCAGUGCCUCGAGUAAAGCUCAUUGACUUGGAGGAUGCCGUCCAGAUCUCAGGACACUUCCAUAUCCACCACCUGCUGGGGAACCCUGAGUUUGCCGCCCCAGAAGUGAUCCAGGGCAUCCCUGUGUCCCUGGGCACCGACAUCUGGAGCAUCGGGGUCUUGACAUAUGUCAUGCUAAGUGGGGUCUCCCCCUUCUUGGAUGAGAGCAAAGAGGAGACGUGCAUCAACGUCUGCAGGGUGGACUUCAGCUUCCCCCACGAGUACUUCUGUGGAGUGAGCAAUGCUGCCAGAGAUUUCAUCAACGUGAUCCUCCAGGAAGACUUUCGGAGGCGGCCCACGGCGGCCACCUGCCUGCAGCAUCCAUGGCUGCAGCCCCACAAUGGCAGCUACUCCAAGAUCCCCCUGGACACCUCCCGCCUGGCGUGCUUCAUAGAGCGCCGCAAGCACCAGAACGACGUGCGGCCUGUCCCCAACGUCAAGAGCUAUAUUGUCAACCGGGUAAACCAAGGGACGUAGCCACCUCCCAGCCCUUGAGGUUUCACAUGGAAGUGCAGUGUGAACCAAAGCAAGACUGAAUGUGUCUGUAAAUAAUCCUGUUAAGUAGUUCCCUCCACACGGUUCUCUGGGUUGAGAGAGGUACCUCUUCAACCUCAUCAGUGGUUAUUCAGGGUCUGAGCAGCAGGAAGAGCCCCCUAAAUCCAGGGACUUGCCAGAAGGUCAUUCAGAAGAGACACAGAUGUCAAGAGUCACAGAAAAGAUUCAAAAGAGAGGUAAAGCUGACAAGGGGUAGGAGCGGUUAUGAAAUUUUAAUCAGAUGAGGGGUCACUGGGCGAAACUGAAGCUCAAGGCAGUGAGUAGAGAAGGUUUCUGCCUUUGCUGGAAUUUGAAGCAAAAGGUUCUGUCUAACAGAGAUGUCAUGUAUGUCGACUGUUCUGGUUUCGAUUACUUAGAUAUAGUUUCUGAAUAGGCUACAUGGACACAUGCCGUAAAAUCUAUCUCCUUCGGCUUUCAGAGUUUUAUAAUAUAGAGAGAUAUAUAUGAAAUCAAUCCUAAGUAACUUUGAGUGUGCCAGUUCAGUAACUUAUUUCCCUGAAGCAUUAUAUUGUUUGGACUAAGCACAACUAGAUGACAGGUUUUUUUAGAUCAUUUUAUAAAUCUUGUAUAGAACUCUUCAACCAGAACCUGUGCAUUAAGAGAAAGCAAUGCUCUCCUCUUGCGAUCUGUGAUGAGAAGAUUUUUCUCUCCGUCACAGGUAUUUGACUCACCUGGAUUCUAUUUAUGAAAUGCUAUCCCCAGAUUCACUGGCAGCUCAGCGUUCAUCUGGCAGGAAAGCCUGCUAGGAAAUAAGUCCAAACACAGUAAGAGUUGUGGGGCUAUUUUUCAUGUCUACACCUGAUUUGAAAUAGGUAACGAAUAAAACAGGUCCAUACAAAAGUACCAGUGGAAACCUUUCCUGUAAUUCCUGUGAACAAGAUAACAACACUUUCUGAUAUCUUCUGCAGCUAUAGGAUGCAGUCCUCAGAAAGUUGGCCUGCUUUGUUUCUAACCUCUUAUGGAAGCAAAAGAGGUGCUUACCAAAAAGGAGGCAGCCAUAUAGGCCUUUUAAAGGCCUGGUCCCAAGUCCUUUUUGAAGCCAUGGAAUACAAUCUGAUAUAUCACUCGAACAGAGCUUUGAGUUUUAACUGCAAUUGCAAUAUCUACCACCAUUCAGCCGCUGAGAGUUCCCUGGACUAAAAGGACUAAUUGCACUUUGAGGCCAAUGCUGCUUUCUGCUGUACAUUCUCCUUCCCAGCUGAUUAUGAACUGCCCUUUUUUCCACUGAUGGAAAAAAAAAUUAAACCUGGGCAUUUCAUGUUUUUUUUUUUUUUUUCCUUUCUUUGCCUUUUCUUUUUGGUUUUCAGGAAAGAGGUUUUGUUUUUGUAUUUAUUCAUGAUCCACUGCUUAUUUCCUAGUGUGUGUUUUAAACAUCACUGUUAUGCGAAUGAUAUUUUUAAAAUAUAACUCAAGUGUCUGUCCAAAUCAGGUUUAAUUGCUUCUCUCCUAUAAUAGGAUUGAGGAAAUGAAAAAAUCAUGCGGCACAGAAGUGCAGAUAGAGAGUUUAUGAAGGAUAAAGUACAAACCUAUCUUAAUGAAAAAGAUGGAACUAAGCCUGAACAUUAAUGUAUAAAAACACUAUUCCUACAAUGGAAGUAUAAAAUUAAAAAUCCUCACCACUCAUUUCCAUUGAUUUCAAAGUCAGUUUCCUCAUCUCCCCUCCACCUUAUCCCAUCCAAGAUUAUAAAUGAAUAAAUUAGUAGAAAGUACAAGCAAUAAGACUAGAUAGCACUUAUGUAUUUUCAGGAUUAACCAAAUAUGUGGAAACUGACUCCGUCUGUAUCUGUUUCCUAGUUUUCGAAUGGCCCUGGGUCAUCAAAGCUCCCUUCCUCAGAGCUCUCUCUUGACUAACCCUCCAUAGACUUUAUUUAAAUUCAUGUGUAUGUACAAAUACUAUAGGAUACAAGAUUUGGAGAUUUAAAACAUAUUUACUAAAACCUCUUUUGGUAAACAUGUCUUCAUCGUAAGAUAUGAAAGAAAAAAAGCCUGGUCCCUAGGGCUCAUCAUGGGAUAGAUUACAGGCACUGAGGAUUCCAAAUAUCCAUGCAGGAUGGCUCGGCAAGUCCUGUUCUGUCCACUGUGGACAGUGAGUAAAGAGCCCCCUGCUGAGUCAUGGUGAGUUUUCAUGACCGUAUAAGAGACAAGCUGAGUUUCUGCUUCAGAAGGACAGUGGUGUCCAGACUGCACAGGAGAGCAUCAGAGAAGUCGUGUUGUAGGGAGGGCAGUUGACAGAAUGUUAGAUGGAAGCCAAAGCUUUUAAAACAGCUUUUACACAGAGUUGGGAUGGUCCAGAUGGGAAGUUGGGUGGAAUCCCCUCAAGUACCCAUGCUGGGGAAGUGAGGAGACAGGAGAGGAGGGACAGAGAAAUGAAAAGUUGCGUGAUUUUGUUAAUUGGAGCCAAAGUACAAUCAUUAGAGUAGAAUGAGUUUAAUAGAGGCCCCCAGAGAAAGGGUGUAUAUUUUAUAUAGUUUGAUAACUGAAGAAAACUAACAGGGAGGCACCCUGUCUGCAAAGCUCCUGGUCGCUUCCACUAGGGAUGAGAUAACAUUUCUGGUUCAAGUGGGCAACUGUGGUGAAGGAUGAAGGGUUAGGAACCACUUCCUUAUACCUAUUUUGGCAGAGAUAUUUACUACUUUGUGGUAGAGAAGAGGGGAGAGAUGAGAAAAAAACCCACUUCUACUAUAAUUAUGGUGGUUCUUGCAAUCACAACUUAACUAGGAAUUAGUGAACUUCCAUUUGAAAUGGGAAAAAUAAAUGUUGGUUAAAGUCACAAGUUUCUUGCUUGGCUUAUAUUCAUUGCAUAGAAGGUUUUUUUGGGGGGGUGUUUUGUAAGUGUGGGGUGCAGAAAGAGGAAAAGAUCAGGGACAACCCACAAGGAUUUUUUAAAGGUAUAAUAAUUUACUGCAUCUUUUACAUGUGUUUCAUAUUAAAUAGACUUAUAGCAACUUACAGCUGAAUGUGGGAACAUUUUUAAGAAACAAAAUUGUAAUGUUGGAGGUGUCCUUCAGGUCUCUGACAGCCAUAAACACUCUUGGGGGAGCAGAGGAAGCAGAGGAAAAGCUGGUUGCACCGCUUUGUGGUUCACAAGUCUUUAUAAAUAGUAGUGCCUUUCAGAGGGGAGAACGGGAGAUAAAGAAGUUCAUUGUAUUUAGAGUGAUAAUAUGGCAGCAUUUUUUUCUUUAUUUUAAAAUAUCUUUUAAAAGAAACCAUCUGAACAUAGGGUGAGCCCAGGAAUUCACGAGUUUCGACCUCAGCUAUUCCUGAUUCGUCCUUUCUUACAGAAAGUCUUUGUUUUUUCCACCCCAAAUGUCCCCAUUGUUAAAAUGGGAGUUGGGGAGAAGGAGGGAGGAAUUAAUCUCAUAGGAAUGUUGGGAAAAUAGCUUUGUUGGGAUGUCUAAAAAAUACUUUGAUUUUUUUUUUAAGUGCUAUACACUGCCAGUGCUAAAAGAUUUUAUUGAUAGUAACUUUGAACAUUCCAGGAUUUCGAUAUUCUUGUCUUUGGAUACCAUUUGCAAACUCAUGAAAUUAAAUGCUGUAAAUUGAUCUUCAUUGGAGGCACUAGGUGCUCUUUGUCUGAAUGUUAUUUGGUCUUGAUGCUUUAAAAGGUUGUCUAAAAAAAAGGUUAGGCGAGCUGAUGAAGUGUUUGUUGAUAAACUGUUUUCUCCAGUAUGCCCUAUGGCAGCGGAAGCAAAGAGUGAGAUGCCCUCCAAAGCAAUUGUGAUGACCUUCUCAAGCUUUAUGCUCUGGAAAAAUUGACAGAGGAGAAUCAAAACAUCCCCUUUCCUCACUGGGAGGGCAGAAGUAAGAAUAAAAUAUUUUCUGAUUUCACAAUUCAUUUCUUCAGAGUCUCACAGGCACCUGUUAUAAGAAGCAAAUUAAAUUCACAGGUGUAGAAAUGAAUUGGACUGCUGGCUUUUAGAAGGAAAACCUUGGGUCUUUUUUUUUUUUUUUUUUUUUCUUUUUCUUUUUAGAUUGCUAGGUGUUUCUGGAGUCACCUAUUUGCUUUCUGAUCGUCUAUAUGAUUUACUGCCCAGGAGUUAGUCAUUACCUUUUCCUUGCCUAUGUGGAAAAACAUGGAAAUUUAGAUUUGCGAGAAUAUGAGGGGCAAAUAUGUUAUACACUGGAUGGUGGUUAUUUCUGUGUAUUAACGAAACCUUCGUCCCAUGAGCUUGAUAAAGGAGAAAAUAUUUCAAACAUAAGAGUCUCUAUAGUGGGGCCAACUCACCACUUCCUCAUUCAGUUUUGAGGAAUGUGGGCCUUAUUUCUUUAUUUCCUGUGUAGCGUCUCUGUGGAGUCUUGGUUAGGCAAACAUAAUGUGGGAGCUUUCCAUGGAUUUAUUUGCAUUACGGUUUUUCUUAACUAUUUAAAAUCUAGGGAUUGUUUGGAAAUGAAUGACUAAACCCAGGGUAGGGUUAGGAAAGAUAAGGUUUACACAUACUCCGUUAAGAAAAGGGGAGCUACCGUCUUGAUACCUAUUUUCUAAAGACUAUAAGGCUCUGAGUUGUUUCAUUAAUUUUAGAGAGUUUAAAAGGGCUGAAAUUUGUGCAUAGUGUUAGAUGUUUCUACUAGAGAAUAUUAUUCACGUGAGAAAUCUAUACGAAAAGAGAACACAGAAAUAUCACAGGCCAUGUUUUCUCUAAAAAUCAUUUCUUCCUCAUUUUCCAUAUAUGUAGAAGUUAGAGGAGAGGAAAAAGCAAGUACUCUAAGAUGAAUUUUCCUCUUUAAUGGACAUGGAUGGAAAGCCUGAAAUUAUACUCAUAGGCUAUUGAGUUUCCUGUCAGCUUGUUGGCUGGGAGAUUCUAAAAUGGGGUCAGAUUUAGUUUUUAUUCAAAUGAUCGAGAUUAACUGUUUAUUCAGAUAACUUAUUUUGGAUGGUGAGGAUGACUGAGAAAAUGGAGGGUGUUGGAAAAGCGUGCAAAUAGAAAUUUUCAGAAUCUCAAUCCUGAAGCUUAAUUUAAGCAAGCAAAUUUCCUAGCCCAGGAAUAGCUAGUAUAAAAGUUCCAUCAAUGCCCUGACUUCUAUCAAGAAAUGAAUCCACAUCCUGUAGGCUUAACGGGGACUGUUACCUUGAUCUCAGACUGUGGUUAUGAAUUUGAAGUUAACGAAACAUACAUCUUCUCUUAUGAACUUAAGCCAUAUCUGUCCUCUCUGUGUUUGAUUUUUUUUGACCCUGGUGCUUUUACUUCUGUUUCUGCCAAACUUCAGCCUAGUCUAUGGGGAAGGUGAGUAAAACUAGUAGUUAAGACAAAUGUGAAGACUGUGAAAAAAAACUAGACAUAUUCUUCAGAAUGAGAUCCUAGUCAGAGCACAAUAGUGAUCAAAGUGCAAACUGUUGGAAAAUAUGGAUAUAUGUACAUCUGUACAUGUAUAUAGUGUAUAAUAUGUAUGUAUAUGUUAUGGCUCAUAUGCAGAAAUCUAUCCAUUUGAAGACAGUCCAGGUGGGUCAGUUUUUCUAUUAGAAAACCAUUGAGAGCCAUUCAAAACCAUUAGGGCUGAUGGGGAGAGUUAGAUUCUACUCAUUGGGGAAUUAUUUGCUGUAUUCUGAAGUCUACAAAGCUUGAAACAUAAUGUGGCCAUCAUUUAAGUUAUUCUGUUUACCUGGAGUCAGAAGAAUCUUUGUUUGAAUUAAUAAUUGUUGGUUUGCGAACUUCAUUGGCACCCCUUAGUUUUGAGUGACCCCUCCCCACCAAGUCUUUUGAGAGUGUGGGCUUCUCUGACCAUUCAGAUAAAGGGCCUUAUCUAUAAGUGGACAGGUUUCCCCAUAGGGACCAUUACACAUAUACAUAUAAGUACAUACUUCCAUAACGCUUGUAACAGUUGAUUUAAAAUCACUCCACAGUAUUGAUAAAUAGCUCUAUAUUUUCAAGGUGCAGAAGAAUUCCACAGCCUUAAUUAUUUCAGUGUCUUGCUGGUCUGCCUUAAGUGUAUCUUCUGGGUUUUUGGUUGUCUCAUUAUUUUUAAAUUUUUCUGCAGUUGUUCAUUUUGUAUGCACACAACGUCGUUUUGUAAAGGUAGGUUGUAAAUAUUUUAUUUGUAAGUCAAAAUCACUCAUGUGUAAUGUUGUAAAGUGAUGAUCUGCUGUCUUGUUAUUAUUACUACAGUAAAUGUUAUAAGUUAUGGAUGAAACUUCAAAAUGUACAUCUCACAAGUUAUGCAUUCCUAUAAAUAUACUAUACUAAAGAUAUUA